UCCUAGUCAAUUAAUCGAGCAAGCGUGAUCAGCCAUGUCGUCAACAAAUACCAAGAGAAUCGCUUACGUUGGAGGAUUGGCAGAAGAGGUAACAGAGAAGACCCUUCAUGCAGCCUUCAUUCCUUUUGGUGAUAUCAUGGACAUACAAAUCCCCCUGGACUAUGAGACUGAAAAGCACAGAGGUUUUGCUUUUGUAGAGUUUGAGUUUGCCGAGGACUGCGCAGCUGCAAUCGAUAACAUGAAUGACUCUGAACUAUUUGGCCGUACAAUCCGCGUCAACCUUGCCAAGCCAAUGAAAAUCAAGGAUGGGUCCGCCAAAGCCGUAUGGUCUGACGAUACCUGGUUGAAGAAGUAUGCCGGUGCCACUUUGAAGAAAGAGGAAGGGGGAGUGGUCGGAGGUGAUGAUGAUGACGCCACGGCAACAAAGCGAUCAGCGGAGAAUGCAGGAGAGACUGCUGAACCACCAUCUAAGAAAUCCAAGGCCAACCCUCAAGUGUUCUUUGAUAUCAAGAUAGGAAGUAAAGCAGCAGGUCGUAUCACAAUACAACUUAGAGCUGAUGUCACACCGAUGACUGCAGAGAAUUUCCGCUGUUUGUGCACCCAUGAGAAGGGCUAUGGCUACAAGGGCAGUGUUUUUCAUCGGAUCAUCCCCCAAUUUAUGUGUCAGGGAGGAGAUUUCACCAACCAUAAUGGAACCGGUGGCAAGUCUAUCUACGGCAAGAAAUUCGCUGAUGAAAACUUUGUACUGAAACACACAGGUCCAGGAAUGCUUUCCAUGGCCAAUUCGGGUCCAAAUAGCAAUGGAUCACAGUUCUUCUUGACAACAGAAAAGACAGAAUGGUUGGAUGGCAAACACUGCGUCUUCGGACAGGUGAUUGACGGAAUGAAUGUCGUUAAAAAGAUGGAAUCGGUUGGAACCAAGUCGGGCAAACCUAGGGAAACGGUUACCAUUACAGACUGUGGAGAACUGGUAUGAUAGUUGGAUACUAGUUAGAAAGACCUUGGAUUAAUGCACUCUGUGUCAUUGUAGUAUUCUUUUAAGUCUUGUGAGAACUUUGAAGAGUGAGAAUAAAGCUAUUGAAAAUGCUACGAAGUAGACCUUUGGGAACUGGUAUGGUACUUGGAUACAAGUUAAAUAGAGAGACUUUUAUUUGGUGCAUUGUCUUUCAAUUUACUACUCUUUACACAGACUUGUUCGAAUUUUGAAAGAUCAGAAUUCAUCAGGAUUCCAAGGAAAUGGUUACCAUAACAGACUGUGGAGAACUGGUAUGAUAGUUGGCUACUAGUUGGAAAGACUUUGGUUUGAUGUGUUUAGUUUCAAUGCAGCUUGCCAGAGGAACUUGUCAGGAUCUGAAUUCAUCAGAAAUCCAAGGACAGUGUCACCAUUACACACAAGCAUAUCCAGCAUCGACUAUGACAAAGAAAUAAAAAGUAUAUGGGCCCAUGCACAAGCAUAAUAGAGUCACUAUUGUCCCCAGACCACUGGGCCCCUGAAAUGCGUUGUAGGAUCUGAUGCUGGAUACGCGCCUACCAUUACAGACUAGAGAACUUGUUUGAUAGUUGAGUGCUAGGUAAAAAGAAAGACUGUGGUCUGGUGCGUUGUAUUUCAGCGCAGCUGGCUAGAGGACUUGUGGUGAUUUUGAAGGAUCAGAAUUUAUGAGAAACCAAAGGAAACUGUCACCAUUGCAUAC